ACCGAACAAGCCCCCUACCACAGAUUCUCGGAAUCAGCCAUGGAAAACAUCUGUUUCCUGUUCGUCUACUUUGGUUGAGCCUCAAGCGCCCGCUGUUGUUGCAAGUGCUGGACAAUUCUUUGCUUCACAAUCUUCUCUGUUGCAUAGACCCCUCUGACGGCUCAGGCAUCAGCAGACCCCAACCUGCAAAACCCAAGUAUCAAACCCCCUGUACAUUUCCAUAUCUUCAUGGCUCAGUGAAGCUUCGCAUAAACGGAUAUGGCUUCAACACUCCCUACGCAUUUGAAAUUGAGACCACCCUUCCAUCCAUUUAAUAUCUUGGGAACCCAUAAUAACGUUGUUAGAGUUAAAUCGAGAAACUGCACCCUUCAUACCCGUCUCAAAGUUCACUUCUCUCGAAACCGGAGGUUUAGCUCUCGGCAUUCAUUGCUCUCAAGGGCCAGCAGUGAUGGAGAGAGUGAUACCCCUACGACCACCACUCGGGAGUCAUCAUCUCCUGCAACAGGAGAUAGCCCGCCCAACAUUGGAGAUGGUUAUGUUUCAUUGUUCAUCCGGAUGUUGGGUUUGGACAAUGAGCCUCUUGAUAGAGAGAGUGCUAUAGUUGCCUUAUGGAAGUAUUCGCUUGGAGGAAAGAAGUGUGUGGAUGCCAUAAUGCAGUUUCCAGGUUCUUUUAAUCUCACAGUGAAUCUUCUCAGGUCGGAAUCUGAUUGUGCAUGUGAAGCAGCGGCUGGUUUAUUGAGGAUGGUCUCCUCAAUUAACGUAUACAGGGAUUUUGUGGCAGAAAGUGGCGCAAUAGAGGAGAUAACCGGCCUAUUGGGGCGAUCUUCAGUAUCUCCAGAUGUGAAGGAGCAAAGCAUUUGUGCGUUGUGGAAUUUUACUGUGGAUGAGAAAUGCAGGAUAAAAAUUGCUAAUUCUGAUCUGCUUCAUAUAUUAAUAACGUUACUGGAGGAUGACGAUAUGAGGGUGAAGGAGGCGGCUGGAGGGGUUUUGGCAAAUUUGACGCUAACCAGUUCUAAUCACAAAAUUAUGGUCGAAGCUGGAGUCAUCCCAAAACUGGCCACACUUUUAAAAACAGGAGUGGAGGGAUCUAAGGUGGCUAGGAAACAAGCAAGAAUUGCAUUGUUGGAACUUGCUAAAGAUGAGUACAAUAAAAUUCUUGUAAUGGAGCAGGGUCUACUUAUGGUCCCUUUGGUUGGUGCUGCUGCUUACAAGUCUUUUAAACCCACUUUGUAUUCAUGGCCAUCUUUUCCUGAUGGUACCCAAAUUGAGAAGAGAUCAAACAGCACUUCAAAAUAUGGUGCUUCAGAACUGCUUCUUGGACUGCAUGUCCAAGAUGACAAUGCAAACAUUGACGAAGCAAUGACAAAUGCAAUGGUUGGACAGGCUAGACAACAAUUUCUUGCUCGUAUAGGGGCCAUAGAGGUUGAAGAUAACAAGUCCAAUGAUGAAGUGCUAUCAUGUCGGUCCACUCUCUUGCCUUGGGUUGAUGGUGUAGCACGACUGGUUCUGAUUCUUGGUCUUGAAGAUGAAUCAGCUGUUGCAAGAGCUGCAGAGGCCAUUGCUGAUGCAUCCAUCAGCGAAGAUAUGCGUGUAUCCUUUAAAGUAGCUGGUGCUAUUAAUCAACUAAUUGAGCUGAUCAAUCAUCCUAGUGACACCAUAAGAUGUGCUUCUGUUCGGGCUCUGGAAAGAUUAUCUGUCAG